AUAGCUGUCAUAAAUUUGUUUUUAAAUUUAUAAGUAAUUCCUAAUAACAUUUUUCAGAGCGAGUAAAAAUAAAUCAUGAACUGAAUUAAUAAAAAAAUGAAACAGGCAUUUGAAUUACAUAAUUUCUCUUGUUCGCUAUCCAACUAAGAAUCAUCUGUAAGCUAUAUAUAUGCUUAUUGAUAGUAAAGGCCGACUAUAAUUUACGACUCUAUAGCUCACAUCUAGAGCAAGUUUUUGCGAGUUUUUUAUUAAUAUUGAAAGUCAGUUUAAUUUUCAGUCCAAAUGUCUCACAAACCAACACCAUACAGCCCAAAUUUUCCUCCGAGUCAGGGAUAUGCCCCACCAGCAGAAGGACAGAAACCUAAUGAGAGCUACCCUAUGAAUCCUCAAGUUGGUUACCCUGGACCACCACCUUCCUUGCCCCCUGGUGCUCAACCAUUACCAGGAAUGCAGCAUGGGUUUCAGCCAGGGUUCCAGCCUGGUUUCCAGCAAGGUUAUCAGCCUGGAUUUCAACAUGGAUAUGCUCCUGGAUAUCCACAUCCACAGCCAGGCUAUCCAGCUCCUAUUGUUCAACAACCAGUGUCUGCCCAAGCGCCAGGUGGAUGGAUGAGUAUUCCGCAAGGGCUAAGCAACUGUCCGCCGGGCUUGGAAUACCUUUCUAUGAUUGAUCAGCUGCUGAUCCAUCAAAAGGUGGAACUAUUGGAAGCUUUUGUUGGUUUCGAAACGAAUAAUAAAUACACAGUAAAGAAUGCGAUUGGGCAGAAGGUGUAUUACGCUAUUGAAGACAACGAUUGCUGCACCAGGAACUGCUGCGGGCCCAUGCGACCCUUUGAUAUGAAAAUCAUGGAUAAUUACCGUAACGAGGUGAUACACCUACACCGUCCGCUGGCCUGCGACUCGUGCUGGUGCCCUUGUUGGCUGCAAAGCAUGGAGGUGUCGUCGCCGCCCGGCACCGUGAUGGGCUCCAUCGAACAGGAGUGGUCCAUUUGCAAACCGUGUUACGUCAUCAAGAACUCGGUGGGCGAAGUUGUGCUGAGAAUCAAGGGGCCCGUUUGCACUUUCUCGAUCUGUGGCGACGUGGAGUUUAACGUAUACUCGAAAGACGGCGAGACUAAAGUUGGAAAAAUUACAAAGCAAUGGUCUGGUUUGGCUCGAGAAGCAUUCACAGACACUGACUACUUUGGAAUCACUUUCCCCAUGGACUUGGAUGUCAGGAUAAAGGCGGUUUUGUUGGGAGCAUGCUUUUUAAUUGACUUCAUGUUCUUCGAAAAAACAGGAAAUCACGAAUCCGAUCGACCGGGUAUGCUUUAAAUGUUCAAUAUUUACUCAAUAUGUUGAUAUUGUAGAAUUAUGUUAUAAUGAUUUUGUAAUAAACUUGCUUUUGAUGUAUUACGCGAUGAUAUAAUAAUCAAAUUGUAACCACAUAAUUUUAAGAAAAAUGGAGGUUUACAAAUGAGAUCUGCUUUGAUAGGUUAAAUAAAGUACCGUAAUGUGUAAGAGCAUUUAUUUUUUUUUCGUUUGAUCUUAAGAUUUUUUGCGAAGUGUCUGUGUGCCACAUUGAAUCCUAUUUUUACAAUGUUUUAUUUUUUAUGGAUUUUAGACGUAAUUUAAUAAGCACAACCUUUAAACUUUAAUAGUUAUUAAUAUUAUAUAGAUUUUGUACGCAUUUUUUUAUAUAUGUACUCCUGUAUCCAAUAAGUAAAAAUUUUAAAUCGCUUUAAUAUUGCUAUCGUGUUCUCUAUAAAAAAUAUGUUAUAUUUUGACGAUCGAGUCACCUUUAGAAAAUAUUGUGUUCAAAUACAUUUCUGAACCAAAAACAAUAGCCUAAUCAAUACAUAUAUUAAAUAUAGUGAAAAUGAAGCUAUUGUUUUCUCCAGAUGUUAAUGUAAUGAAGGCUGGGUUCACCACUCACAGAUAUUAUUGUUUCUGAUAUGUAAUCUAUUUGACAGUGGCGAAAACUUUCAAACAAAUUAUUUGUAAGUUUAACUAACUUAAGCUUAUAAAAUAUAGAAUGUAAUAGUAAGCUGUGGAACCAGUCUUAUUUUUAUUCUUGUUCUCCUUGUCAAAAUUAUCACUUGCCAUAGUCAAUCAGGCAAUAUAAAAAUGGUUAAUAUUAGACUAAUUUAUUCCACUACUAUUCUAUGUUAAUAAUAGCAAAACUAUAAUUCUGCAAAGUUUUCAAGAUUGAUGAUAUAUUAAAUGUUAUUCAAUAUAUAGAAGGAAAAUAUAAUCAUUUCAUCAUACUACAU